GCCUAAUAACGUGGUGUAUCCUCCCCGUGUCUAUAAUUCUAUAUACCAAAUCCUCAACCCAUGUGGCAUUUUGCUGCAUAACAUUUCUCGCCGACGCAAACAAAAAUCAAGACUUCCCUUUCCACUUUCCAGAUCUAAAUCUGCUUCGCUUUUCCUGUUUUCCCUCCCGUUUCUGUUCAAAGUCGAGAACACUUUGGAAGGUUGAUGGUGGUGGAAUACCCUGACGUUGACGGUUCCAAUUCAAGCCAGAAGGAGACUCUUCCUGCUUCUCAAGACACGAUUUCGAGGAGCAAUAGUGGGUGUGUGGCUUCCACAAUGGGGGAUCCUUGUAUUUCCUGCACCACUUUCAACAUCCUUGCUCCUAUUUACAAGCGACUGGAUAAAGAGAAUCAGAGCAUUCGUGAGAGUGGUUUUAGAGCAUUUUGGCAAUCAAGGAAUCAGAAGAUUUUGGAUUGGUUGCUAUAUGAAAGAUCUUCCAUUAUAUGUCUCCAGGAGUUUUGGGUUGGAAAUGAAGAACUGGUGCAUAAGUACCAGGAGAGGCUAGGUGAUGCCGGCUAUGAUACCUUCAAGCUAGCAAGAACAAACAACCGAGGAGAUGGUUUGUUAACAGCUAUACACAAGGACUACCUUAGGGUUCUAAAUUAUAGCGAGUUACUCUUCAAUGACUUUGGAGACAGAGUUGCGCAAUUGUUACAUGUUCAGUCAGUUCUCCCUUUUCCACAGAGCAGAAAGGGGGAGAUUAAACAAGAAAUUCUUAUUGUGAACACACACCUCUUAUUUCCUCAUGAUUCCAGUUUGUCUGUAGUAAGACUGCAUCAGGUUUAUAAAAUACUACAGUAUCUUGAAAUAUAUCAAAGAGAGAACCAACUUGACCAUGUACCUGUCAUACUCUGUGGGGACUGGAAUGGAAGCAAGCGUGGGCAUGUUUACAAAUUUUUAAGGUCCCAGGGAUUUGUAUCAUCAUAUGACAUUGCUCAUCAGUAUACUGACAGUGAUGCAGAUGCUCACAAGUGGGUUAGCCACCGAAAUCAUAGGGGGAACAUCUGUGGCGUUGAUUUCAUAUGGCUGCGUAAUCCUAAUAAGUCAAGGAAAUCGUUGAAGACAAGCUGGACUGCAGCAGUGUUUGGUAUCAUAAAGAAUCAACUCCAGAAGGCCUUGUUGGCUGAGAAUGAUGCCUUUGCCUUUCUUAAAGCUGAUAAUCAUGACGAUUUCAUUACUUACUCAGCUUUCUGUGAGGCACUUCGGCAGGUAAAUUUAACUGGUCUUUCUUAUGGACUAAGUUUCCAGCAGACCAAGGAUCUAUGGACGCAAGCAGACAUUGAUGGAAAUGGUGUUCUCGACUAUGAUGAAUUUAAGAGGAUAUGGAACUCAACAUGGUCAGAACAAACAGAAGAGAACCUUGAUCCAGAGGACUCUGAAGAAAGCAUCGAAGAAGAAACCGUGGGUUUUGCAGUGAAGAACGCCACCAUCUUCCCCCGAGAAGCAGAGAAAGGAAUGUGGCCGGAAAACUAUUCUCUCUCAGACCACGCUGCAGUGACCGUUGUAUUCACCUCAAUGAAGAUACACUGUUCUCAGCCACUCCAAUAAUUAUGUAGGAAAAAAAAAAAAACAUUUUUGUAAAGCCAAUUGGUAAAUAUCAAAAAUGUGUUUUUGCACUUUAUAUUAUAUUAAAUUAUAAGAUAUAAAUUGAACUGGAGACU